CUCCAAAAAAGGAGAAAAAAGAACAACCCAAAAAAGAACCUAAAAAAGAGCAACCCAAAAAAGAUCAGAAACCAGAAGAUGAGGAGGAAGAAGAGAAACCUGAACCAAAGCCAAAGAGUAAAUUAGAAAUGUUGCCUCCGAGUCCUUUGAAUUUGGAAGAAUGGAAACGCUUUUAUUCUAAUAAUGAAACUCGCCCAGACGCUAUCGAUUGGUUCUGGAAACAUUAUGAUCCGGAAGGAUAUUCGAUCUGGAGUGUGGAUUACAAAUACAAUAGUGAAUUGGACAAAGUUUUUAUGAGUAGUAACUUGAUUGGAGGUUUUUAUAAUCGAUUAGAUCGUGCUCGUAAAUAUGCUUUUGGAAGUUUGGUAGUUUUGGGAGAAGACAAAAAUAAUGAAAUUGCGGGAUAUUUUGUUAUUCGUGGUCAGGAAAUACCAGAAGAAG